AUGCUAAACGGGCACUCGCAAAUAGACACAAGUGAGAUCGACGAACUUGAUGGAUUUCUUUCAAUGAAUGAUUUAAAUGAAUAUGAUAUGGGAAAAUAUACAAUGAAACUUCUAUCAGGUUCAGAUCGUCUUUAUCAAUUAAAAACUGAUCGAGCUGCUCGUCUUAUCGAUACAAUGAAUAUGUAUCGAAAACAAGAACUUUUUUGUGAUGUUAGUUUAUGUGUAAAAGGUCAACGACAUUUAGCACAUAAAAUUGUUUUAGCAUCAGCAUCAUCCUAUUUUGCUUCAAUGUUUGGUCAAUCUGGUCAUGUUGAAGCACAUACAACAGAAGAUAUUGAUUUAACUAAAUUAGUGCCUUGUCCCUAUGCAAUGAAUAUUAUAUUAGAUUUUCUUUAUACUUCACAAGUUCAGCUCAAUGAUAAAUGUGUAGGUUAA